CUUAAAAGUUGUCAGCUGCGACAUAAGCGAAAUUUUAUUUAAAGCACAAAAAAUACCAUCAAAGCCGCAAAGCAGGAAAUGGUAUUUUGAAACUCCUAUUUAUUUAUUUGCAGGCAUUGGACAAAAGUUAGCCGCAUUGUUUAUUUGUUUUUAUUUAGUGCCUUAUACCUAAUAGAAUAAUAUUAGAUACAUAUUUCAAAAAUGUUUUUUGGUAGUGUUAAGAAAUUGGUGAGCAUCUCAUCGAAAUGUGUUUUGUUAAAUCCUCUUCGAGGUUUUAAGAGGCUUAUCGACAUACAUCCCUAUGUGCAACGAUCACUUCAACAAGGAGAUGCAGUGGUGGCACUGGAAUCGACGAUCAUUACGCAUGGCAUGCCAUAUCCACAAAACAUUGAGACAGCACAGGCUGUGGGACAGCUGGUUUCUGAGAAUGGCGCAUUAGCUGCGACAAUUGCGAUCAUCAACGGACGUAUAAAGGUGGGUCUCACAACCGACGAAAUGAAGCAAUUAGCUGCAAAAAAUCAUAAUGAGGUUAUUAAAUGUUCAAGACGUGAUCUACCAUAUUUAGUUUCGACGCAAGGCUGUGGUGGCACCACUGUAGCAGCUACUAUGAUUAUAGCUCAUAUGGCUGGUAUAGAUAUAUUUGCAACCGGCGGUGUUGGAGGUGUGCACCGUGAUGGUCACAUAACGAUGGAUGUUUCGGCAGAUCUUGUAGAGUUAGGACGAACGCCAAUCACAGUGGUGUCAAGUGGAAUCAAAUCCAUUUUAGAUAUACCACGUACACUGGAGUAUUUAGAAACCCAAGGUGUUUGUGUGGCUACAUAUGGAGUUCCAGAUUUUAACUUUCCCGAUUUUUACACACGGAAUAGUGGUUGUAAGGUUCCGUAUAAUUUAAACGGACCUAAGGAAGCUGCCAACUUAAUAAAAGCUUUAAAGGAAUUACAGUACAGGUCAGGUAUAUUAAUUGGUGUUCCUGUACCGGAAAAAUUUGCUGCAAAUAAAAAUGAAAUUGAAGCGGCAAUUCAAGAGGCUAUUUAUGAAGCGAGGAACCAAGGAAUUAGUGGGAAACAGGUAACUCCAUAUUUAUUGGCGGCAAUCGCCAAAUUAACGAAAGGGAGUAGUCUUGAAGCAAACAUGGCCUUAAUUAAAAAUAAUGCAAAGACGGCUGCUCAGAUAUCACGAGAGCUGUCCAAAACUAAGAAGAGUUAUGUGUUCAGCGGAGAAAAAAAAUCAUCAAAAACACCUCUCGUAAUUGGUGCCUCAAUUUUAGAUCUUUCACUAACAAUGCUUGAUGAUCUACCGAAAGUUUUGGAUGGUGCCACAUAUCGUGCCAAACCAACGGAAUCGGCGGGUGGUGUAGGCCGUAAUAUUGCAGAGGGCAUCUCGAAGUUGUAUGGAUCAGCGAACUUUAUUUCAGUUGUUGGAAAUGAUCAACUGGGCCGUAGUCUACUAAAAAUGAUACCGGGACAACUGAGAAGUUUAGUUAAGAUAGAUGGUGAAAGUUCUACGUCUCUUUGCACAAUAAUCUUUGAUAAAAGUGGAGAUUGUAAAAUCUAUUUAGCAAAUAUGGAAAUACAUGACAAUAUCACUCCAGAAACGAUCCAACAAAGUGAAGAGCUCUUACGUUCUGCGCCGAUAGUUUUGAUGGACGGUAAUUUGUCGCUGGAGACAAUGGAGCGUACUCUUAGGCUUGCUUAUAAAUACCAGAGGCCAGUAUUCUUUGAACCUACCGAUAUGAGAAUAGCACAAAAGCCGUUUAAUCUGGCCAAGACACUAACAAAACAGAUUAAAAUCAUAUCUCCAAAUAUUUACGAACUGCGUACAAUAGUAGAAGCUAUUACCGGAGAAACUCUGCCUACUAGAGAAAACAAUUUCCAAUCAACUAAUAUUUUGUUGGAAGAAGCAAGAAAUUUAUUGAAACAAGUACAGGAUUAUUUCGAUUGCAUCGUACUGACACUUGGACAACAAGGUGUGAUGCUAAGCUUAAAGGGCGAAAUAGCAGUAUCAGGAAAGCCAUUAUUCGAUGCAAGUACUGGAUCCUAUUUACCAAUAAGAGAAAUCUCAAAAAACGUUUAUGCAAUGCGCUUUUACAGUGCUCCAAGGGUCGAGGGAAUCAAAAAUGUCUCAGGCGCGGGCGACAGUUUUACAAGUGGCUUUGUAACGGCACUACUACGGGGCUAUGAUAUUAAAAAUUGCGUAGCGUUGGGAUUCUUGGCCGCUGAACGCGCUUUACAAUCCCGUUCAGCAGUACCAUCCCAAUAUUUCACUGACAAAAACGAGGAAUCAACUAAUCUGCAAAAAAUAUUGAAAAAUCUUAAAGAAGUCACACUCUAAAAACUAACAUUUUAUUUCGAACUUGUCGAAUAAAUUUCUCUAUAAGUAUUUAUCAUUUUAAAAAAUACUUAAGUUAGUAGAACAUCCGAAACAUCGCUGAUAGGAUAAACGCUGUAGGAUAAUCGUUAUAGUGAUUAUUUUUUCUGCUAUACUUCCAAUCUUAAUUUUUUUUUAAAUUAAGAAACACUUUUUCUUAAGCCUUUAUUUUCUUAGAAAACUAGUAUGUGAUUUACUUAAUACCGAUUGCAUUUAAAGUAAGAACGUAAGUGCCAUAAAAUAAUCUGGUGUACAGGAGAUUGUAAAUCUACAUUAAAUAGAGUAUUUAAAAACUGCAUUUGUUAGCGAUUUCAAAAUAUAAAAUGAAUAUUUUUUAUUCCAAUAAGAUGGCUAAUAACAAUAUAUACCUCAUUUGAGAAUAGGCAUAUCUAUUUUUUAAUAGGCCCACCUGUAAUAAAGAAAAUAAAUGGAUUUUGAGUAUUGAU